CGAUGACUGGGACCACUGGGAUCGAUAAUGUCGCGUACGAUGCUCCCGCGCACACAUCGGGGGUGCCGGACAUGCACGAGACACUGUCUAGUUUUCCGGAACAGUUCGGAGAUGGGCCGAGGAAACCGGAAAUAAAGCCGGAACCGGCGAAGGAGUCGGACAGUACGUCGGAUAACCUGAAGUGCGGCUGGUUCUGGUUCAGGCCCCUGUACCUGCAACGAUUUCGAACCGCGAAAUGGGCGCUUUUCUGGUUGUGUUGGACAGGCGCGAUACAAGGAAUGGUGGUGAAUGGUUUCGUAAACGUCGUCAUUACAACGAUAGAGAGGAGGUUCGGCUUAAGAUCAUCGCAGACUGGACUAAUAGCUGGCGGAUACGAUAUAGCCAGCUUCCUUCUCCUAGUCCCUGUGAGCUAUCUGGGCGGUCGUACGAAAGCAUCGAAACCGAGAUACAUAGGCGUAGGAGUUCUAGUCUUAGGUAUAGGAAGCCUCCUCUUCGCGUCCCCUCAUUACCUCGCUGGACCGUACAGGGGCGGCCAACAGUCACAGAACAUAUGUCAGAGGGUGACGAACACGUCGUCGCGUGCAGUGUCAUGCAGUGGGUCGAUGGGCCAAACGGACCAGGAGCCUUACAGCGGCUUGUACUUAACUAUCUUCCUUGUCGCGCAACUUCUGCACGGCGCUGGUUCCGCUCCUUUUUACACGCUCGGAGUUACGUACCUCGACGAGAAUGUGUCGAAAAAGAUGUCUUCUGUGUACUUAGGAAUUUUCUACACAAUGGCCAUAAUAGGACCCGCGCUUGGCUACGUGGUUGGAGGUGAAUUGCUGAAGCUGUACACGGAUUUCCUCACCGUGGAUCCGUCAGAAAUCGGUUUAACACCGGAGAACAACGUCUGGGUCGGAGCAUGGUGGAUCGGUUUCCUAGCAGCCGCGGUGCUCAGUUUCGUGAUCGCCAUUCCGAUACUGGCGUUCCCGGCAUUGUUACCCGGCUCGGAAGAACUGGCCAAGGAGAGAGUGUCGGAGGCACACGAGAAACCGAAGCAAUCGGCCACCAGCGAAACGGGAGAGGCGUUUUCGAAGAUCCGCGAACUGCCGCGCGCUUUGACCGAGCUGCUCGGUAACCCCGGAUUUUUCAUGCUGAAUCUGGCAGGUGCCAGUGAAGGAUUGCUGAUCGCCGGUUUCGCCGCGUUCCUGCCGAAGCUGAUCGAAAAUCAAUUCAACGUCAGCGCUAGCUCCGCCGCGUUGCUAAUGGGUCUAGUUACGGUUCCCGCCGGUGGCGGCGGCACUUUCCUGGGCGGUUAUCUCAUAAAACGGUUCAAUUUGCCCUGUUCGGGGAUUUUGAAGUUCUGCCUCCUGGCCACCGCCUCUUGCAUCGCCUUCACUUUGUGUUUUGUGCUGAACUGCCCGAAUUUAAGCUUCGCUGGGGUCACGGUGCCUUACUCCGACCAAAGCAGAAAAUCUUUCUCGUUGGACGACGCGUGCAAUAACGGCUGCGGAUGCUCGAGGUCGGAGUUCAAUCCAAUAUGCGGGGUUAACGGAAUCACGUAUUAUUCACCGUGCCACGCGGGAUGCUAUCAGGAGACGCAGAUAAACAACGUCGAAGUAUUUUCCGAAUGCACGUGCAUACGCGCGCCAUCGUUGAACAUGACGUCUGGGGAUGAUUUGGUAGCAUACCAGGCGGUCAACACGACCUGCAACACAACCUGCUCGUAUUUAUGGCCGUUCAUUGUCCUGGCUUUCUGCAACAUGUUCAUAACAUUCCUCUGCACGAUGCCCGCCCUCUCCGCGACGCUCCGAGUCGUUCGUGACGAUCAACGAUCCUUCGCCCUGGGCAUACAGUGGAUCAAAGUGAGGAUCCUGGGCACGAUACCGGCGCCCAUGGUAUUCGGUGCCCUGAUCGACGACACCUGCAUACUAUGGAACGAGACCUGCGACGGCAGGGGCGCGUGUCUCGUUUACGACAAUCUGUACAUGAGCAGGUACAUGAUGGCGUUAGCGUUUAUAGGCAAGGCAGCGUCCCUUCUUUUCUUCUUCCUGGCCUGGUGGACGUACAUUCCACCGGGUGGCAGAAGAAACGAUCAAAAUUCACGGGAGGAACCAACGACGACGUUGAUGUUAAACGAUACUCCCUCCACACCGGCCACCAUAAGUCCGAUAAUCGAACCGUAA